ACUUUCAGAGCAAAUUAAUAAAAGGCAAAUUUGAUCUUCCUGAGAGCCUGAUUACUCAGUGUUGCUUUCUCUAUAUCAUUCCGCUACACACUCGGUGCCCUAGUCCAGCGCCUCCAUUUCCCCACAGAACUAGUAGGAACACUAACACAAAGCACGGUGUGUGGCCCUUCUGUGGAGCCAGGGGCCAAGUAUGAGGGAUUUGGGGCUGAGGGAAAAGCCUGACGGGAAAUUCUUUAGGGGCGAUAAUAGAAGCGCUGCCGGUGACUAACUGCGCCCAAAUCCCGCCAAAUCCAAACCUCCCGGAAGUGGCUGUGCGUUCCAGAGAGAAAGUCCGAAUCAGUUCCGGGUUGAAGCCGGUGCGUGUCACUUGUGUUUCCGGAAGUUAUUCCCAUGCGGUUCCCAUGUGUUGCUGGGGAGCUGAAGUCCGGCCAUGAAGUAUUCCUACAAGUUCAGCAACCUCCUGGGCACCUUCUAUCGCCGUGGGAACCUGAGCUUCACUCCCGAUGGGAAUUCCCUGAUUAGCCCAGUGGGCAACCGACUCAGCAUCUUCCACCUGAAGAAUAACAAUGGCGAGACCCUGCCCCUGGCCACUCGCUGUAACAUCACCUGCGUCGCUCUCUCACCGGACGGGUCGCUGGGGAUACUGGUGGAUGAAGAAGGAGCCGCUCUGCUCAUUAGUUUUGCCACCAAGUCGGUGCUGAACCAGUUCAGUUUCCAGCAGCCGGUGCAGUCAGUGAGCUUCUCCCCGGACGGCAGGAAGUUCCUGCUCACUAAGGGCAAUGUGGCGAUGCUGUAUCACGCGCCGGGGAAGCGCCGGGAAUUUAACGCCUUCGUCCUGGAUAAAACGUUUUACGGACCCUACGACGAGACCACGUGUAUCGACUGGACGGACGACUCCAAAUGCUUUGCUGUGGGGAGUAAGGACAUGUCCACCUGGGUGUUUGGGGCAGAGCGGUGGCAGAAUCUCAUUUACUACUCCCUGGGGGGGCACAAGGAUGCCAUCGUGGCUUGUUUCUUCCAGGAGGGCAGUUUGGAUUUAUACACAAUCAGCGCUGACGCCACCCUCUGCGUGUGGGGGUGCGACACGGAACUCGCCCAGCUGCUGCCCCGGGACCCCGACAAGAAAGCCCGAGAGUCGGGGGGCGCAGAGGAACCCAGAGCAGAGGAGAUCCGCGGAACCGCAAACCCCGCCCCCGAGGAGAGCGUGGGCAGAGUGCGCUACCGCAAGAGCAGCAGGCACUUCUUUAACAAAGAGGGAGAUUUUACCGCACUCACGGCCGCCGCGUUCCACAAGAAACUCAACAUCCUGGUCACCGGAUUCUCCUCCGGAAUGUUCCAUAUCCAUGAGCUGCCGGAGCUGAGCCUCAUCCACUCACUAAGUAUUUCAGACCAGAGAGUUUCCACCAUCAGCAUCAACUGCACCGGGGACUGGAUUGCGUUUGGCUGCAGCGGUUUGGGGCAGUUGCUGGUGUGGGAGUGGCAGAGUGAGUCGUACGUGCUGAAGCAGCAGGGGCAUUUCAACAACAUGGGGGCCCUGAGUUACUCCCCCGACGGGCAGCACAUUGUGACUGGGGGGGACGAUGGGAAGGUAAAGGUUUGGGACACGAGCAGCGGAUUUUGUUUCGUGACGUUUACGGAUCAUACGAGCAGCGUUACAGCCGUUACAUUCGCCAGCAGCGGGCAGGUCAUACUCAGCGCCUCAUUGGAUGGCACCGUCAGAGCGUUCAGCUUGCUCAGGUACCGCAACUUCCGCACAUUCACAUCCCCCAAACCCGCGCAGUUCUCGUGCCUCGCCGUGGAUGGGAGCGGGGAGAUCGUGUGCGCGGGGGCGCAGGACUCCUACGAGGUCUAUGUGUGGAGCAUGCAGACUGGGCGGCUCCUCGAUGUCCUCUCCGGGCACGAGGGGCCAAUCAGCUGUGUGGCAUUUAACCCUUGGCGUUCUGUGCUGGCCACGGCUUCCUGGGAUAAGACUGUCAGGCUGUGGGACAUGGUGGACAGCUGGAGGACCACCGAGACUCUCAACCUGACUUCAGAUGCCCUCGCCGUCACGUUCCGCCCGGAUGGCAGGGAGAUCGCCGUGGCCUCUAUGGACGGUCAGAUCACAUUUUGGGAAUCUGAGAAAGGGACACAAACGGGAUCCAUCGAGGGGCGACACGACCUGAAGUUGGGGCGCAAGGAGCUGGACAAGGUGACGGCCAAACAUUCUUCAAAGGGCAAGGCAUUCACGGCGCUUUGUUACACCGCUGACGGGCAGGCCCUGCUGGCCGGGGGGGCAUCUCGCUACGUCUGCCUGUACCACGUCGGGGAGCAGAUUCUGGCGAAGAAGUUUGAGAUCUCGUGCAACCACUCUCUGGAUGCCAUGGAGGAAUUUCUGGACCGUCGGAAGAUGACGGAAUUCGGGAGCGUGGCGCUGAUCGAUGAAGGGACAGGAGAAGAGGGGGGGGUCAGUUUGAGCCUCCCGGGGGUGCACCGAGGUGACAUGAGUUCGCGCCACUUCAAGCCUGAGAUCCGCGUCUCGUCUCUGCACUUCUCCCCCACCGGGCGUAGCUGGGCCGCCACCUCCACAGAGGGGCUCCUGAUCUUCUCACUGGAUUCCAGCGCCGUGUUCGACCCCUUCGACCUGGACGAGGAGGUGACGGCUGGGGGGGUGCGGAGAGCGCUCCGCGGGGCAGAAUGGACGCGCGCCAUCGUCAUGGCGAUGAGACUCAAUGAGGAGUCACUUCUGCGGGAGGCGCUGGAGAGCGUGCCUUGUGCUGAUAUUGCAGUGCUUUGCUCCUCACUCCCGGAGCUGUACGUACAGAGACUUCUAGUGUUUUUGGCAACGCAGAUCGAGCGAUCCCGGCACCUCCAGUUCUACCUGAUGUGGGCCCACCAGCUGCUCCUGCUACACGGGCACAGCAUGAAAUCCCGUUCCGUGUCGGUGCUUCCGGCUGUCCAUUCCCUACAGAAGAGUCUCCAGGGUCACUUGUCUGAGAUCUCCAAACUCUGCGAGUGGAAUCGCUACAACAUGAAGUUUGCGCUGUGUCUCUCCAGGCAGCGGGGUAUGAAGCGGGGGGCAGAGGAGUCGGAGGCGGAGUCAGUGAGUGGGAGCCUGGAGGGGGCGGAGCAGUGAGGGGGGCAACAUGGAGUGAGCCAGUACUGUACCGAGAGUAGCCGGUGAGACCUGCAGGGGUAUAUUGUGACUCCGCGGCUGGAAGGCCCCCCUGUCACACAAACUGUUUGUUGCCCCUUGUGCCCAUGACUGGGGCAUUGGGCUGGAUCAGAUACCCGGGGCAGAUGUUGUGUAUCCUGUGACUGCGCCAUUUCUCCCACUGUAAAUAAAUCACAAAGAACUUGGCCAAUGGGAAAGCGCCGGGGAGCGAAGACUCUGGGUUCAGUUAUUAUUCUCCUGUUAUAAAUGGGGGUUCUGCACCCCCCCACCCACCUCCCUGCACUCAGCUCCGCCCCCCCAGCAAGACAUGGACAGUGGGAGGUGCAAGGAUUCUUUUCCCGGAUUGGCCGACAUACAUCUCCCCAUGUUCCACCUCCUUCCAACAAUGGCGCUGGUUCUGUAUCAUGGCGCCGGGUCAGUACCGACCCAAACUGUUUCACCUUCCCAAAUAAACGUUUGUACCAACUCCCGG